CCCCAAUUCUUCUUCGUGCUCUUCUUCACUUUCUUCAUUUCAACAAUUUUCUAGGGUUUCAUAUUUUCUCUCUCCUCAAAAAAAAUGUCAGAAGUCGAGUACAGAUGCUUCGUCGGCGGCCUUGCUUGGGCCACCGAUGACCGAUCAUUGGGCAGUGCUUUCUCUCAGUAUGGAGAUGUCGUUGAUUCGAAGGUUAUUCAAGACAGAGAAACAGGUAGAUCUAGAGGUUUUGGAUUCGUUACUUUCUCAUCAAAAGAAAGCCUCGACGCUGCAAUUGAAGCAAUGAAUGGAUCUGAACUUGACGGACGUCAAAUUACCGUUAACGAGGCGCAAUCUCGUGGUGGCGGAGGUGGUGGAGGCGGUGGAUUCCGCGGUGGAGGUGGUGGUGGAGGUUACGGUGGACGUCGUGAAGGUGGUGGUGGAGGAUACGGAGGUGGUGGUGGAGGAUACGGUGGACGUCGUGAAGGUGGUGGUGGAGGAUACGGUGGUGGUGGUGGAGGAUAUGGUGGUGGUGGAAACCGUGGUUAUGGCGGUGGAGGUGGUGGUGGUGACCGUUACUCUCGUGGUGGUGGAUCUGAUGGAAACUGGAGGAAUUAGGAUAUUUUAGAUUUUUUUUGUUUUUAAUUUGGGCUUUUGUUUGGGCCUAUUGGGCUUUUGAUUGGGCCUUUGGGGUUGGAAAAAAGCUGGAUCUAUGUUACUGUUUUUGAGUUGUUAUUGGGGUACUGUUUACUGUUACUGUUAAUUUUGAUCGCUGGUUAAUUUGUGGUGUUCUUCUUGGGUGAUUUGAGUUUACUAUAGAGAGUGGGAUGUUACUGUUAGUUUGUAAUUAAAACGAAAGUUUCAGUCUCGAAUUAAUGAAAUGAUUGAAUGCCAAAUAUCAAUUAUUUUCCUUGUCAA